AUGUCAAUUGUUUCAUUACUUGGAAUCGAAGUCUUGAAUAAUCCCGCGCGUUUUUCAGACCCGUACGAGUUUGAAAUAACAUUUGAGUGUUUGGAGCCUCUCAAAGAAGACUUAGAAUGGAAACUUACUUAUGUGGGUAGCUCAAGAUCUCUAGAUCAUGAUCAAGAAUUGGAUUCUAUAUUGGUGGGACCUGUUCCUGUUGGAAUUAAUAAAUUUUUGUUUCAAGCAGACCCUCCCUCGCCAGAUCUAAUCCCUGCUAGUGAGUUGGUCAGUGUAACGGUCAUUUUGUUGAGUUGCUCUUACGCUGGGCGGGAGUUCGUGCGAGUGGGAUAUUAUGUCAACAAUGAAUAUGAUUCUGAGGACUUGAGGGAAAAUCUCCCUACCAAAGUACAAGUUGAACAUGUCGUGCGAAAUAUAUUAGCAGAAAAGCCUAGAGUGACAAGAUUUAAUAUUGUGUGGGACAAUGAAGACACAAAUCCGGACCAAUAUCCACCAGAUCAACACGUUGAUGAAGAAGAUGAAGAAGACGAUGAAGACGAUGAUGAAGAUGAGGUAGGGGACGACGAAGAUGAGCUGGAUGCGGAAGCUGACGUGGCGGAUGAGGACGAUGACGAGGAUGAAGAAACAGAGAUUAACAUUGAUAACGAGGAUGCAGAGUAUGAUAUUGAACUUGAGGAUGAGCCAAUCGAUGGAAUUGCCGAGGAGGACUCUGGGAGUGGCGCUGCCACCCCAAAAGACAAAACCACAAGCUAA